GCGUGGUACCCACGGUCGUGAGGAGGAGGAGGAUGUUGCGCGCGAAGGGGAAAUGGCUGCCGAAAACAAGCCGGAAGGACUGAAGAAAAUUCGAAAUCCGGAUGGAAUGUACAGAUCAGCUGUGUGUUAUGCCGGCCAUGCUCCUCCUAAGAGUAUCAGUGAUGACACAGAGAUGAACAAUGAACAUGGACAUUUGAAAAUAUACCUGCCCAAAAAGCUGCUUGAAUGUCUACCAAAAUGCUCGUCGCUGCCAAAGGAGAGACACAGAUGGAACACCAAUGAGCUCACCGGAUCCCAGACCCGCACGGUUCAGACGUCCUCUUGGAGGGAUGUCCUUCAGCCUUCUUUGUUCAUCUGGGCCACUUGUGAAGCCCUUUUUCUCAGAAAUGUUUACACAUCAAUGGAACUGCUGGGAUUUGAGAAACAGGCUGACAAGGCCAUAAUGAUCCAUCUCGCAGGUCCCAGAUCAGGGACUGGACAUGUUCUGAAAGCCAUUUCAGCACCAAAAUAGAACAGCAUAGUUAUAGAGCUAAGUAAUCUCUCUGUUAGGUAACUGUAUAAACAAUCAUAUGAUUCUUAAUUAUGUUGAUAGAAUAUUAACUCAAUCUAAACUGUGCAUAUCUCUUCUAAACAGUUUGUAAUGCUCACAAGUGAUAAGCUUUGUCAGGAGGCUGUCUCAGUAAGUUGUUGAGAUUGGUUGACAAGGCAAUAGACUUCAGUCUCCAUGAUAAAGAUUGAAUGGUAUAAUAUGGUUCCUCUUGAACCGUUGAAUUGCUCUUUAUAUAUGUGAUCAACUAUGUUUUGUUUUAUUAGGAAAGUAAGAUGAAAACAACAUGUUUUGUUGUAGAAAAGAGACUAUUCUAUACUGAGAUUAAUGCUAGGCCGAGUUACAGAAGGGGGAUCUGUCUCUGCCUCUUAAUCACUUCAAACAGUGAUUUAGCUGUUAUUAUCCGAACACCUUGUGUCUUCUGGGGCGGUGAAGAUAGUAUAAUGAUAAUGUUUACCAGGCACGCUUCUUUACCUGGAUGGGGUUCAAUGUAUUGAACAUUUCCUGCACCUGAUCCUAGGUCAGUAGGCUUCUACAAUCCCUUCUAUUCCAGUGCUUGCAAAGCCUGGGCCUCAAACCUAUUGAAUGUAUAGAUAACCAAUAUGUCUGACAAAUAGCCUAGUAUUGAUUAGUAAGUGCUCAGCUGUGGCUUUCAGAGCUCAUACAUUUGUUUGUGCUGGGGAACAUCUAGGCCUACUGUAUCUCCACUUGCAAACACGGGUGGAUUUUUAGACAUAAUUGGGUUUCUCUCUAAAUUCUCAAGUUUCUCAAAAUGUGAACCCUCAACCCUGGAGAUCGCCUCCAGCACAUGCUCUCUAGCAAGAGCCCAAAAAGUUUAGGUGUCGACAACGGUGCGCUUCAACACUUCUUUAUAGCGUCCCGUCCUCUUCCCUCCCUUGUUCCUCCUGUCUUCUACCCUGGCCUGUCCUUUAGCAGAACCUUGAGGAGCCAUUGAAAUUCCAGGCUGCCCGCCUUGGAAAUCUCUGUUGAUGAGGCAACGCAGCAGAGCCGCUCAGCCACCAUAACUCUGCUAGUCUGCUGUUCUGUUCUCUCAGCGCUGGACAUUUUUCAAAGUCAUGUUUAUAUAAUUAGCAAGGAGUCAAAGUGCUUUGACGAUUUCCUUAUAAUGGAAAUGCUUAGCAGUCUCAUCUGGACUGAAGGAGAGGCUUGACUGCUUCACUGAGACCUGUUCUCAGUCUCAGCUCAGGGAGGGACACACACUCGCUCACUCUCUCGCUCAGUAGGAAAUGUUGUUAGUGUUUUCCCCAGUUUCUAUGUUGUCAUUCUUCAGGGGUUACUUUACCAUCUAACUAAUGAUCUGUGACAACCUGGUACACAGUUUGAAUAAAUCCCAGUCAUGAACCAGCCGGAACACAGAAGUGUUUAUGUGAGAGUGUUUGCCGUUGACUCUCUUAAAGAUAGAGGACAAAAACUGUUUUUGGAGGAGCAGGGAGUGAGAGACGAUGGGGGCUGCUAGGAUGAGUAAAAAAACAUUCUCAUCGUCUGAACACAUUUUACCAUGACAAGAAUCGCACACUUUGUUAUUGGAAGACGAUUAUAUUUGCUAUUUAACUGUGAAAAGAUGAAUGCACAUGCUUUUGUUUCAUUGCCAAGAUUUUUACUCUUGUUAAGUGUCACAUCCCUGAAAGUCUUUAAUUGCAAAUCAGAUCUUGUUUUAAGUCUCUUCUUCCCUCCUUUGUUGCUAGCUGGAGAGAUGAUUGUGUCUCACUACAAAGGCCGACAGACACAAAUCUUCAUUAGAUGUGGGUUGA